AUCAUUUAUUCAUUUUUAUUCUUUCUUCUCACUUUUUCCAGGCCCCUUUUUCCCUCAUUUCUGCUGAGAAAGAGUUCAUUAACAAUAUCGGUUCAAUGGGAAGGCUAUUUGUGAUCAAUCUUGAAGGGAGAAUGUAUACUUGCAAGCACUGCCAAACCCAUCUUGCUGUUUAUUCUGAUCUCAUCUCCAAGUCUUUCCACUGCAGGACUGGAAAGGCUUAUCUCUUUGAUAAGGUUGUGAAUGUGACCACUGGGGAGAAAGAAGAGAGGAUGAUGAUGACUGGAGUGCACACUGUUGUUGACACGUUUUGUGUGCGGUGUGGCUCACUUGUUGGAUGGAGAUACGAAACUGCUCAUGAAAAAAGCCAGAAGUACAAGGAAGGAAGAUUUAUCCUUGAGAGAUUUAAGGUGUUGGGACCGGAUGGAAGUGCGUAUUCAAUGGGUCACGAAGAUCAUAUAUCUGGAAGUGAAGUUGAUGAAGUUUGACCUUUUUUGGCAUUUUCGUGAUCAAUUAGCUCUUUUCAAAUUGUUCAACUUUGCCUUAGCCUUUGGUUAUAUCUCUGGUUAUCCUCAGUGAAUUAAAGACAGCUUUGCAGGACGAUUUAUAAUGUUGAUCAUUUCUAGAGUCUAAAUAAAAUGUGUAUUGAAAAUUCAGAUCUUA